UGAGUUUGGUCAUGUUUAUAAUAUUCUAGUAAAACCAUUCGAACCGAGAGGGUACGAUCAUCGCAUUGAGAAUGAAGUGAAAUUGCCACUCCGUUGCAGCAGAGGGCGCUAUGCUCUUGUGUUUCCAUAUUUACUCACUGCAAAACAGCAGAAGUACAGCUGCCCGCGUACUUUUGAAAACAAUUGACUAGUGUUGAAAAUAAUAUGGCUGGGAAAAUUAAAGUUCCGGACGAUUGUUGCUAUAAAACAUAUUCUGUUUGCGAGAGUGCCGUUGACAGCAGCAACAGAGUGGAGGAAGAUGGCGAAAUCGACGGUCCAGCAGUGUUUAUGUGCGGCAAAUGCAAACUGCCCAUCGGCGACAGUCUGUCCUGGGCAGGCAGUGAUGACGAGCAGAACCAAAUCAUGCUCAAACGUAUCACUGACAAUAUUGUCGUUGGGAAAGAGCCCUUUGUUUCUGGGACCCAAAAGGAGCUUGGAUGCCUCGUUGUUAAUCUCACCUGCCGUGGGUGUGGUGCAGAAUUAGGAAUCAUGUACAUAUCAACCCCCAAAAAGCUUGAUUUCAAGAGAUCCAUUUUCUGCUUUAACGUUGCAAAUAUUGAAAGCUAUGUAUUGGGCAGUCCAGGCCAGCAGAUGCCAGAAUUAGACACACAAGACAGACCAGUGACGUUGGAGUACCAGAACACUGUGGAGCAGCAGAUGACAGAGGCAGACAAAGGCGGCGAGGGUGAAAGUGGGUUAGGUAUGCUCACAACAGACAUGGGGGAAGCAUGUGCUAUCGCCCACCAACCGUGAGCCCCGCCCCACCCUGUCUGUUUUUCUAGGUGAUGUCAGAGAACGAGAGCGAAGCAGGAGACGAGAGGAGCACGAGGCAGCCUUGCUUCUCUUUGUGAUUGCUAGGCGUUUGCAUCAUCACCCCGGACAGACCUCUUCUCCUUUCCCACAGCAAUAGCAUAAGAGGACUGAACAAAUCUCUAAUAUGCUAAGAAGGUAUUUCAGGUCACUCACUAGAAGGGCAAACUACUUUUUUUUUUUUUAAUAUUAGUAUGCAACUAGAAGGUUCCCCCAGAACAUUAUACAAAGGAAGACAGCAGCCAGUUAUAAAGAAAAAACACACCCUACUCAUGAAUGAAGUGACAUUCACAGUCAACAAACAAUAAUUAAUAACGUCAUAAAACUCGCCCUAGAAACCAGGUAUCCUGUCUAACUGAGUAAAACACACACUGAAUAUAAAUUAUGCUGAUUAUGUAUA